AUGCAAUAUUUCAUCUAUUUUUACUCUCCGGAUAGGUUCGUUGAACAUAUGAAUACCCAAGUGGAAAGGAAUCUGGAGCGUGCUCAGCGUGGAGGUGUACCUGGCACAAGAGGGCUUGUUGAUGCGUUCCUCAAGAUUGGAGCAGAUGAUCCAUUCGCAGAAGAUGGAACUGUUGGAGGACUGCCAGUUUGGGAGGUGACAUACCACUGCUUGCGAGCUGGAGAUCUUGCUGCUGCUAAAGACGCUCUGGAGUUAUUAGCCAAUUUUCCUCAAGCUGCUGUUCUUGUUGCUAGUUUGAAUCAUUUAAGCAAGGAAGCCAAGCUUGACGUGGAGCUAAAGAAGAAGCUAAAGGUCGAAUGGAGACAUAAUUUGAAUUCCGCAAAAGACAAGUAUAAAAGAGGCCUUUACGCAGCUCUGCUGGGGAUGGAUUCUAAUCUUGCUGAUUCGCUCGAGAACUGGCUUUGGUUCAAGUUAUUUGCUCUGAAGAUUGAUCCUCAUUUAACCCCGGUUAUUUAUGCGGAAGUACAAAAGAAUGUUUCCAUUGAUUAUGGCGAGACUUACUUCAUGGCAGCCGGCACCUCUGAAUUUCAUUACUACUUCACAGCCCUUUGGCUUUCUGGUCAAUUUGAACGGGCCAUCAAGUUACUCUUCGACUGUGGCCACAUUUCUGACGCUGUGCAUGUCGCCAUUCUCACCAAUGAAAUGGGAUAUUUACGAAACACUGCCAAUGCCGCAGCAGACAUGCUAGUGACGGAUACUUCACAGCUCACGAAAUGCUCUUUCAACAUCGCUCGUUUGUUGGUCUCCUACACUAAAGAGUUCGAGUUAGACGACGGAUUACAAACACCUUCUGGUAGCGAUGUAUUCGAAAUGGCAGUCAGUAGAGCAGUUUAUCUCACAGGCCAAGCAGAGGCAAUCAUUGGAUCUCUUGGACCAGAUGGUAAACGGACUCCGGCCUUGAUCGAUGAGUAUGUGGACGAUUGUAACUAUAUCAUAAGCCGUGUUGCUCAUGACACAGAACUGGGAGGAGAUACAACUCAAGCUGUAAAGCUGUACAUGUUAGCGAAUGCUCCUGUUAGAGCAGUGGAACUGUUGUGUACUGAACUUAGCGAUGCAAUCAGGGUCAAUCGGACGAAGAUGAACGAAUUACGUCAGCUGGCUGAGGAAUUCGUUUCGUCCCAGGGCGAUGUACGAGCGAGCGUGCUGUCCACACUGUGUAUUAUCUUAGACAUUUGUACUUUGAUAGAUCUAUGCGAAUCUGGUUUAGCAGACAAAGCUUUAAGUGUCUCACAGCAAUUACGGUUAAUUCCUUUGGAUGCAGAUCAGGUACCGGUGGUUGUAGGCGAAUUCCACCUCAUACCGCAGAAGGUGCGCGAGGUGAUACCUGAUCUCUGUCUCCAUCUUAUGCGUUGUAUGAUUGAUGCAAUUCAUGCUUCGACAUCUGUAAAUGUACGGUACUCUAAACAAGUAAAAGCCAUCAUGCUCUACGCAGCGACAGUCAAUUAUGAGUUCCCUCAGCACAUCACAUCAAAGUUAUUACAACUACAAGCAUCAGUCGCUGUAUGA